AACUAUCGCAAUCAUGGCAUCGUCACCGUCUCAAGCCACGAAUAACUCGCUUGACAAACUGUUCUCGCUACCUCUUGCUAAGGGUAGCAUUGCGCUGCCUGGAAUCUCUCACCAGAGUUCAAAGAAACUUCUCGAGCUAGUCAGGGAAGACUACGAGAAAUGGCAUGUUUACUUCGAUAUCCGCGGGUUCCACAACCAUUUAACGCACCAUCUAUACGCCAUAUAUGAUCUGGGAGCUCCUCCCUCUCUAAUUGAAGCUGUGAACAAGACGCACCAGUACCAGAUCCCAGCCUUCAAAGGACCGGAACCUAUCACUGAAGACAACUUCGUCGACCACCUUGGUGACCACACAUUCUACGCAUCAUAUCUUGCCUUCUUCUCCAGCUAUCUCAGCACGCACACCCCCACUCAAGCGAUUGAACGUUUCAUCUUCUUGCCUCAGUUUAAUUAUAACCCCGGUCUGAAGGAGGGGCAGAGUCAGCCUGCAAUGUUGGAUCGCUUUCACUCUGGUCUCCUGCAUCCUUUGAUUCAUUUGGGUUAUGGUUUGGAGUUCGGAGUCCUUGGCCAAGUUGCUGAAGGACUUGCUCAAUCCGCAAUCCAUGCUUCCGAUCAGACGCCAAUUUUCCCUGACUCAAUCUUCAGCGCAUCUCUUGCAGACACCGACUCGCUCUUGAGUAACAUAGCUUCGCGUCUUUCUCUCUCUCCUCCCCAAGCCAGUACUGCCACGCCACUGAGACCAUCGUUCGCAUUUUGGCGUCAGAUUGUCGAAGAUCCUUCGCUUGCCCCAGAGGCCUCCGUAGACAUCACUUCCGCAUAUUCACGUGUACUCAAAAAUAAGGGCAAGCAUGUCUAUGAUCUCGUCUCGGCAUGGUACGAUAAUUGGUUGAAGGGCGCAGAAAGCGAGGCCGAGGUUGAGAGGAGGCUUGAGUCGAUGCUUGAGGAGGUCAUUAUCGGAAACGUACUGUGGUUUGGCGUCGGUGGGUGGGCAGGGCGUGGAAAAAAUGGCGCAGGGAAAGAGAUCAACGCCGACUUUUUCCUCAUGCAUCUUGUGACCUCUGCCCUUUUCCUACCAAUCUACGUUCUCCCCGCUUCGUCUUCACAAUCCCCACGUCUCUCACUCCCUCACCGGCUUCUGCUCUUGCGAAGCUUCCUCGCGACGUCCACAGUCUGGUACAUCGCGCGGGGCCGUCCUUCCCUUCCGAUAGCCUCCUUUUAUAUCUCGACCACCUCCCACUUGAGCGCCCCCGUCCCUCCCGAGCGCAAGACCACGGUUCCCACCACCGAGCGCCCUCCCGCCGCCUGGCCUGGUGAAGUCGUGCUUUCCGGACCGAACCCGUGGAUGAGAAUCCUGCAGGACACGCUGGUCCACCCGAACGAGCACCUGUGCAAGCUGCAGCGUGCCCUUGCGUACUUUGCGCAAAGAUACGGCGAUCGCGAGGCAGGCUACUACGCUUCAGGGCUGGAUGGAGCGGAAGCACUUGAUGGAACUCUCUUUGUGCGCGUCGCGGGCUUGGUACAGGAGCGGAUGGGUUGGGCGAAUGAAGGUAAGGAACUGGGCAUAUGGGACCGGAGUGGGUUCUUCCAGUGAGCGAUAAGGAAAUCAUCGAAUGUAUGAGUGUAAUGUACAUAUACCGAACUGAACGUCAUUGUCGCGUCCCCCAUUCA